AUGAUAAAUACAAGAUGCGGAAAAGAGAGCACUCGCGUGAGGGAGAUAGAAAUAGAGACGCCGCGCAUCCAAUCCAAGUUUAAGCGAUCGGUUCCCAUAACCGAACCCCGACAAAAAGCGGACUCAAGUGCGCGACAUGUGGCGCUGACAACGGAUCACAUGUGCUUGUACUACACACAUGGCGCCCUGCGCCCGCGCAUCCUGACAGACGUGCGUUACCGUGCGACAGAGAGGGAUGACGGAGGGACGGGCGUUAGAAAGGGACGCAGC